AAUUCUGUACUCCCAUACUAGGCAGGUACCUUUAGGGUGUUUAGCUACUAUGUAGGUAAUAGCCCAUAGCGCACCCCUGCCCUAUAAUGCAGCACCUGCGGCCCAACUUUGGUAUUGCACUCCAGGGCUUUCUCCGGGUAUUUGGGGCAUUACUACUAGUAACACUUAACCGCUCCAGGCUGCCAAUGCCGAGGCACUCCUCCAGGGCUCCUAUUCAUAACUAUUACUCCAAGACAUUCACUUCAUUCAAUAAACCACCACGUUCCAACUACAUUCACUCACAUUAUAUAUCAUUGUUAUACUUCACACCUACUAGGCACCAAUAACACGUAACCGUAACAAUUAACAAUGGCCAGUGACAAACCAGUCAAGAACGCCUCCGGGAAAUACGAUAAUGUCGAUUUUCGAAAGGCGACGGGCUACCAAUACCCUCCGAUAAAAUGCG